AACACACAGUACGCGUGUGUCAGUGUGUGUUCCAUAUAUAAUAUAUAUAUAUAUAUAUAUAUAAAUACACACAAUGUACAGUGUAGUACUAAGCAUCUUCUGCUACUGAGUAGAGUUUGUACAACCUGUCAAAACCGACAAACCGACGCUACUAUCCCCCGUCGCCGUCGCCGCCGUGCAAUGAGUGCUCGGAGUCAGAGGAGAUCAUCCUCGCCUUUAACAUCCUUUUUGGCAAAGCUGUCAACAGUUUCAGCAAUUACUCUAUUGCUGCUUUGUAUCGCUUUUGUUUCUGUAUUAGCACUUGCAUUUGCGCUUCCCGAAUCAGAUCAGCAGCUCGAUGGAGGAGGAAGUAGUAGCGGCAAUGCUAGUGAAUUGAGCAGUGGACCUCGAAGUAGUCCUAAAGAGGAUAGUUUUGCUGAUAUGAUCGAUCGGGCUCUCGAAAAAGAGUUCACUGAAAAUGAUCAAACCGAAGUUAAUGAUGCGGGCAGCUUCAAUAAUAGUGUGGCCGAGCAGCAGGCAGUGUUGGAGACUGUGGCGAGAGUUAAGCCCAAGAAAAAUGACACAAAGAAAGAGGACAAAUCCUUUCAACUUCAUCAUGUUUUCAAGCUUGAUAAUGAUCAAGGAGCAGAAGAAACCCCAACUUUGAUAGAUAGGAAGGACAAUGUCUUCAUCAUAUCUAAUUUCAAGUCCAAGUAUCCAGUGUUACAGUUAGAUUUGAGGUUGAUAUCAGAUCUGGUAGUGGUCAUUGUUUCUGCAACAUGUGGUGGAAUUGCUUUUGCUUGUGCUGGUCAACCGGUUAUAACUGGAUACUUACUAGCAGGAUCUGUCGUUGGACCUGGAGGCUUCAAACUUGUUAGUGAAAUGGUGCAAGUUGAGACAGUGGCUCAGUUCGGUGUAAUUUUUCUUCUUUUUGCUUUGGGGCUGGAGUUCUCAACAGCAAAGCUUCGUGUUGUUCGAGCAGUUGCAGUUCUUGGAGGACUGCUUCAAGUUAUGCUUUUUAUGUGUCUCUGUGGAAUUACAGCUUCGUUGUGUGGCGGUAAAUCUUCAGAGGGUGUAUUUGUUGGAGCAUUUCUCUCAAUGUCUUCUACAGCAGUGGUGUUGAAGUUUUUGAUGGAAAAGAAUAGUACAAAUGCCCUUCAUGGCCAGGUUACAAUUGGCACACUUAUUUUGCAGGAUUGUGCUGUAGGUCUGCUCUUUGCUUUGCUUCCAAUCUUGGGAGGCACUUCCAAUUUUCUGCAAGGGUUAAUAUCGAUGACGAAGUCGUUGGUCGUGUUGCUCUCAUUUUUGGCUAUUUUGUCAAUAUUAUCACGGACAUGUGUGCCAUGGUUCCUGAAGCUGAUGAUAAGCUUAUCAUCACAGACCAAUGAACUUUAUCAAUUGGCUUCAGUGGCAUUUUGCCUCCUUGUAGCCUGGUGCAGUGACAAGCUAGGUCUAAGCUUAGAGUUGGGUUCAUUUGCUGCUGGAGCGAUGAUUUCAACAACUGAUCUUGCCCAACAUACUCUUGAACAAGUUGAACCCAUACGCAAUUUCUUUGCAGCUCUUUUUCUCGCCAGUAUUGGGAUGCUCAUCCAUGUCCAUUUCCUCUGGAACCAUGUAGAUAUCCUACUGGCAUCAGUGAUACUAGUGGUCAUUGUGAAAACUGCUGUGACUUCUGCAGUUGUUAAGGCCUUUGGCUACAACAACAAAACUUCACUGCUAGUUGGUAUGUCUCUAGCACAAAUAGGAGAAUUCGCUUUUGUGCUGCUCAGUCGUGCUUCUAAUCUCCAUCUUGUUGAGGGAAAAUUGUACCUGCUGCUUCUAGGGACUACAGCUCUCAGUCUGGUGACUACUCCAUUGCUUUUCAAGCUUAUACCUGCUGUAGUUCACCUUGGUGUGCUGCUUAGGUGGUUCCCACCUGAUAGUCCAAGCGAGUUGGGAUUCAAAAGUGACAACUUCCGCUCUGAUAGUGCUAAGCAAAGAAUUGCACUGAUAUCCAAGGAUCUGAUUCAUGAAGGUUAAAUUUGUGAGGAAGGUCUAGAUGAGCUAUUUUAUUUGGAAAAGUGUUCCUAGUUCACAGCCUGAAUGGUGCUGCAGAAGUUGUGGACUCGGCUUUUUCCUGCCUCUUCCUAAUGCGAGGGAUUUGAUAUGUUAUUCUUGUUAUAUAUCUUGAGUUAGAGAAAGGCAUCACAGGUGCCUCGGAAGACGGGAGAGACUCAACUAACAAGUCAAAGCUUCAUUUUCACCUGAGGUAAUAGAGAUUUUUUCUAGUGACCUGAUUCUUUUUUAUUUGUUCCUUCUCAAUGUAAAAUAAUUUUGGCUUGUGAUGUAAUUGAAACUGCUAUGAAUUCCCAAACUCUCAUUUCGAUUUAUGUUCCACAUGUAGCUUCCAGAAUGUAAUAGUUCAUAUUUUUAUGAUAUGAGGCCAAAUGUAUAAAAUGUCAUGCCUUUGUUUUU